GUUUCUAUUUAAAACCGCUACAAACAGCAACCACUUUACUUAUGUUUAUCCAUGUGAAAUUUCUGCUUGUUAUUUAACCAUAGUCAAGUAAAUCAAAAGUAUGCAAAACUGCACUAAGUUAUUCCGUAUUGUGCCACUGAUUGGCAAAAACAGUCGCGCUAUUAGCACAACAACCCCACUCGAUGGUAAACGCAAUUUUCGUAAAUUUCAAGUGCCCAACAAAAGAGGUACACGCAGUGUGAAGGAAGCACAGAAAACAUUAGCAAAUCCGCCAGUACCCAUUGAUAAGCGUGGUGUGCGGGACACGGGCGUAACCAUUGACGGCAGAUAUGUGGAGAUCCCAGAACGUAUACCGGAAUUAAUUGUACCCGAUCUGACGGACUGCAAGUUGAAACCUUAUGUGUCAUACAAAGCACCAGAAGUAAUUCAAUCAGAGUUUACCAGCUUGGAUUUGUUCAAUGCGGUUUAUUCUCAGAAGAUAAUUGAGGAUUUCAAAGAAGGAAAACUGAAUGAUGAUGGUAGUCCUGCGAACCCUUCACAAAAUGAGCAGUUGACUGCUGAAGAGGCUUUGAUACGCGCACGUAAAACCGGUUCAGAUAUAUUCUAAAGCGUAUAUUUGUUUUAAUAAUAAAAUGCAAAUUAGCAAUGGUACCUAUACUAACAUAAGUUACGAUUACUCUUGAUAAUAUCUUUGUCGGUAAUUAUAUAGUUUGCGCAACCAUUUUUCAGCCUUUAAUUCUGCAUCGCCAAUGAACUGUAAUGAGUAGAAACUAUUUAAAUAAAAGUUGUUAUUAAAAUA